AUGGUGGAAGGAGGUGUGGUCAAAGCAGCAGACAAGACAGAAUUUACAGAAUGUUGGAGGGUAACAUGGAAGACUCCUUACAUCAUGAGGCUUGCUUUCUCUGCUGGAAUUGGAGGUCUACUUUUCGGCUACGACACAGGAGUUAUUUCUGGUGCCUUGCUUUACAUUAAAGAGGAUUUUGAGGCAGUUGGCAGAAGUACCUUUUAUCAGGAAUUGAUUGUGAGUACUUGUGUUUUAGGAGCGAUUUUUGGGGCUGCGGCAGGUGGAUUUUUUAAUGACAGUUUGGGGAGGAGAAAAACCAUUUUGAUUGCAGAUUUCUUGUUCUUCCUUGGUGCCAUAGUCAUGGCCGUUGCUCCACAUCCCUGGAUUAUCAUUGUUGGAAGAUUUCUUGUUGGUUUAGGAGUUGGAAUGGCAUCCAUGACUGCCCCUCUUUAUAUAUCAGAAGCUUCACCUGCAAGAAUUCGAGGCGCUCUUGUCAGCACGAAUGGCCUGCUAAUCACCGGAGGACAGUUUAUGGCUUACCUUAUCAAUCUGGCCUUUACUAGGGUAACGCUCCUAGCAACCUGGCGAUGGAUGCUGGGAGUUGCUGGACUGCCGGCUCUGAUUCAAUUUGUGCUGAUGCUGUCCCUUCCUGAAUCUCCUAGAUGGCUCUACAGAGCGAACAAGGUUGAUGAGGCCAGGGCUAUUCUGGCGAGAAUAUAUCCUGCCGAUGAAGUUGACAACGAGAUAAACGCCUUGAAAGAAUCUGUUCAAAACGAAAAGGAAAUGGAAGAUUCUAUCGGAACAACCACAUUCUCUAAAGUAAAGGGUGCUUUCAUCGAUCCUGUCAUUCGCAGGGGACUCUACGCAGGCAUUACAGUUCAAGUUGCUCAGCAAUUUGUAGGCAUCAAUACUGUCAUGUAUUACUCCCCAACUAUAGUUCAGUUUGCUGGAUUUGCUUCAAAUUCAGUGGCCUUAGCCCUUUCCCUGGUUACUUCUGGCCUCAAUGCUCUUGGCUCCAUAAUAAGCAUGCUUUUCGUCGAUAGAUAUGGGAGGAAAAGGUUGAUGAUUAUCUCAAUGCUCGGAAUCAUUACUUGCCUUGUGGUGCUAGCGGUUGUGUUUCAACAAGCUUCCGUCCACGCUCCGGCGAUUAGUCAAGCCGAAUCUGCACAUUUCGGUGCCAACUCUACUUGUCCGAGCUAUCUGUCUAACGUAAAUCUGCAUAAAUGGGACUGUAUGAGUUGUCUGCAAGCAAAAUGUUCCUUCUGUUCUUAUCCUGCAAACAAAUACCAUCCUGGAGCCUGCUUGGUUUCGAACAAGGACUUGAAAGGUUCAUGUCUUGAGCAAAAACGUGUGUGGUACGAGGAAGGUUGCCCGAGCAAAAUCGGUUUCUUCGCAGUUAUACUUCUCGGCUUGUACAUUAUUUCCUACUCACCUGGAAUGGGAACUGCGCCAUGGAUUGUGAACUCGGAGAUUUAUCCACUGAGAUAUAGGGGUGUAGGUGGAGGCAUAGCAGCGGUGGCAAACUGGACUUCGAAUCUGAUUGUGAGUCUGACAUUCUUAACACUCACUGAAGUCCUCACCGUCGCAGGAGCGUUCCUGCUAUUUGCUGGAAUUUCAUUCCUUGCACUUGUAGCCAUUUUCUUCUUCGUGCCCGAAACCAAAGGCCUGCAAUUCGAGGAGGUGGAGAAGAUGCUAAAGACUGGGUUUAGGCCAAAACUCUUCAGUAAAAACACAAAAGGUGCCGGUUCUGUUUGA